AACCCUUGCAGGCAGCUAAUCAAAGGAGCUGUGCAGGAGGAUAGCUUGUGAGCCGGUUCUGGCCAGCUUGGAGCACUGUAGCUAUAGUGUGAGCUGUGCUUUAGGAUAGGAGAGAUUCAGGGGCUGUGUACAUUCUGAAGAUAUCUUCUCUUACUAGAUCAAGUAUGCAUGCCGGAGCUCUGUUUAACUUUAUGUGGGUUUUUUUCGUCUUCGGUGUUACUGCUGCUGUGCCACAGAUUCCCCCGCUGAGUCUGAAAUCUUCAUCAAGCUGCAGACUUUCAACAUCAGCUUCAGAAAAUCGUUGCAGGACGUCAGAUGGAUUCAUAUGCAGUGGUAGAGGCAAAUGUGACUGUGGGGUUUGUGUGUGUGAAGUGAAAGAACCUGGUAAAUACUAUGGGCCUUUAUGCGAGUGCCAUGACUGGGUAUGUCACACCUAUGAUGGACAAGUUUGUGGAGGACAUGGAACGUGUGACUGUGGAAAGUGCCAAUGUGAUUCUGGCUGGUCUGGAGAAGCCUGUCAAUACCCAACUACUUGUGACCUGACACGAAAGCAAAGCAACGAAAUGUGCAAAAAUUCUCAAGGAGUCAUUUGUUCAAAUGCAGGCACCUGCCAUUGCGGGAGAUGUAAAUGUGAGAACUCAAAAAAUAAUGGAUUGAUAUACGGGAAGUUUUGUGACUGUGAUGACAGGGAAUGUAUUGAUGAUGAAACUGGAGAGAUGUGUGGAGGCCACGGGAAGUGUUACUGUGGAAACUGUUACUGUGAGGCUGGUUGGCAUGGAGAUAAAUGUGAAUUCCAGUGUGACAUCACCCCAUGGGAGAUUAAGAAGAGAUGCACAUCUCCAGAUGGCAAAAUCUGCAGCAACAGAGGAACAUGCAUUUGUGGUGAAUGUACAUGUCAUGAUGUAGACCCAACUGGUGACUGGGGAGACAUUCAUGGUGACACCUGUGAAUGUGAUGAAAGGAACUGUAAGGCAGUCUAUGACCGGUAUUCUGAUGACUUCUGCUCAGGUCAUGGGCAAUGUAACUGUGGACUAUGUGAUUGUAAAGAAGGUUGGACUGGAAGAAAGUGUGAACAUCCACGGUCCUGCCACCUCUCAGCAGAAGAAAGCAAGAAAAGAUGCCAGGGAAGCUCCUCGCUGCCAUGCUCUGGAAGAGGGAAAUGUGAAUGUGGUCAGUGCACUUGCUUCCCGCCUGGAGACAGCAGGGUGUAUGGAAAGCAUUGUGAGUGUGAUGACCGGCAGUGUGAAGACCUAGAAGGCAAUAUCUGUGGAGAACACGGCACUUGUUCCUGUGGUCGAUGCAUUUGUGAGGCCGGGUGGUUUGGAAAACUGUGCCAACAUGAAAGAAAAUGCAAUAUGACGGAGGAAGAGAGCAAGAGCCUUUGUGAAUCAUCAGAUGGUAUUCUGUGCUCUGGAAAAGGUUCCUGCCACUGUGGAAAGUGCAUCUGUUCGCCACAGGACUGGUAUGUUUCAGGGGAAUUCUGUGAAUGUGAUGACAGGGACUGCGACAAACACGAUGGUCUUAUUUGCACAGGCAACGGGAUAUGUAGCUGUGGAAACUGUGAAUGCUGGGAAGGAUGGAAUGGAAAUGCCUGUGAGAUAUGGCUUGGAAAUGAAUACCCAUAAACGCAAGAUGAGGAAAUUUGUUAAAAUGUGUUCUGUUCCUGUAAUAUCGGCUACUAUUGAAUGUACACAAUAGUGGAGUAUAUAACCCGUCAUCUGACCUGCUUAAUCCGACUGUUCUAAGUCUGUAAUUUAGUAAUUCAUUUAAUUUGGGCUGAAUUUGAGAUAUUUUCAAGUGUACAGGCAAUAGAAAAGAUAGCUUGAUUGUAUAAUUGACAUGGUUAUCAGUAUAUCACAUCAUCAAUCCAUGCUAAAUGAAUAAUAUGUAGCCAGCUGGCAUAGUGUCAUAGGUAUAUGUACUGUAAUUACUAAUACCCAGAGGUGGGUCUUCAACCCCCACUGUAAUAAUAACCAGCCCCAUCCAUGACGCUUCGUCACAUUAAAUGUUUGGUUCAUAUACUUUGCUCUAAUAAUAGUUUUUACAUUCAUCUUAUAAUAGAACAUGUACAAGAAACUUUCUGUAAUAAAGAAAUGGUUAUAUGUAAUGAU